AUGGCGUCCGACGAACUCUCAAGUCAUUUGGCAGAAUCCGGAGUGACGAUACGCUCCGAUAGCGAGCAUUACUCUGCCGGGGAAGAAAACACGACCUCUCCCGAUUCCUCCGGAAGUCCUGCAGUCAUUCUGUACCAGCCCCCAACAGUUUGGUCGUUGGUGAGGAGUGCUGCCAUAAACCUGCUGCUUCCCUUCAUCAACGGCAUGAUGAUGGGCUAUGGCGAGCUUUUCGCACACGAAAUUGCCUUUAGGCUAGGCUGGAGCGGCACAAAAUCUCUAUCGAAAUCCUCUACGAGCACAAGGCAGUUCGGCACGGCUAUCCGCAACACCAAUGGAGGCUCAAAAACAUUAAGAGCGUCGCAGGCAAUUGGCCUGCUUGGCGGGAGGAGGACAGCUGGCGUCGGCGCUGCUGCUGCCGGUCUUAUGGCGCCAAAUUACUUGAGGGCACCGCCGCAGGCUCGGAGCCUUUCCCUCUGGCCGUGGAGCAGCGGCCUCAGUGGCGGCGACAAGUUCCCUGAGACUGCAGACGCAGCGACCUCAUCUGCAGCAGCAACAACCCCCGCCGCACCAGCCGAAACCGCACCAACCCCCGAGGUGGCCGCCGCGUCCCCGGCAACGCCCGACUUGAGCGGCGCCGCCGACCCUGCUUCCGCAAUAGACCUAAGCGGCACAACCGCCUCGGUCGGCGAUGUGCUCGAUGGCUCGCACUACCUCAACCUCGCCUCGGAUCAUAUUGGCUACCUCCGUGAACUUGGUCUCAACUUCGGCUGGGGCCCCAGCUCCAUGGCGCAAUGGGGGAUAGAACACUUGCAUGUAUGGGGUAGUAUGCCAUGGUGGGCUGCCAUCUUGGGAUACGCGGUCGUCACACGACUCGUGCUUCUGAAGCCCUCGAUCGACGCAUUCAUCCAGCAGAGGAAGCUCCGGGCCCUCAAAAACGACCCCCGAGGAAGGGCCGCCUUUGACAAGAUGUCGCAGAUGAUGUCUGGAGGCUCGGCAUCGACCACCGAGCUCUUGGCGGCACGCGCUGACGUCCAGAGGCUGCAGAAGGCUGCAGGUAUCAGCUCGUUGAAGAUGGCUCUGCCCAUGAUCCAGAUGCCUAUCGGUAUCGGUGUGUUCCGUGUCACGAGCGCCUGUGCGGACCUUCCCGUACCCAGCUUCGAGACUGGCGGCUUCAUGUGGCUGAUGGACUUGACUGCGCCGGAUCCUUACUACAUACUCCCCAUCGCUUCCUCGGCCAUGAUGUAUGUGAUGCUGCAGCACUCGAUGAAGAUGUCGGCGGAUAAGUCUCAGACAGCCAUGUUCAAAGCGGUCCAAUACGUCCUUACUCCCAUAUCCUUCCUUGUUUCCCUCAAGUUGAACGCCGCACUUCAGCUGUACUUCAUUGCCAGUGCGGGUCUGCAGGCCAUGCAAACUUUGAUCUUGAGCCGCCCGGCCGUCGCCAAAGCCCUCGGGGUUGACCAGCUGAACCUCCCCGAAAAUGCUGCUGUCAACACCGACAAGAUUGUAUGGGAGGCGCCGAGGGAGAUCCAGACGACUGCCACGGUCCAAAAGCCAUCUCCCGACGAGCUCGACGUCAACACCGGCAACCCCAUCACCAACAUAAAGAACACCAUGUCCGGCGUCAGGGGAAAGCUGAACAGCUUCGCCGAGCGGGGCAACGCAAAGAAGACGUCCCAGGACGCCGCCGCUUACGAGGAGAGGCGCGCGCUGGAGGAGAAGGAGCGCUACUAUGCGCGGCGCGAGCAGGCUGCCCGUCGCGCUAGGGAGCGCGCUGGUCGGUAA